GUCCCCGCCCCCCCACGCGGAGGCCCCGCCCACAGCGGAGCGGAGCGGAGGCAGCGCUGCCGCACGGCCCGGCCCGCAGAGCGCGGCCGCCAGCCCGGGGGGGGGGCCGACAUGUCCCACGAGAAGAGUUUCCUGGUGACGGGGGGCGAGGGCUUCGGGGGGCCGCAGCCCACGGCCCCCCCGGCCUACGCCCAGCCCCCCUACCCCCCCCCAGCCCCCUAUCCCCAGCCCCACUUCGCCCCCGCGCCCUACAGCCAGCCGGGGGGCUUCCCGCAGGGGCCAGGGCCGUACCCGCCCCCGGGGCCGUACCCCCCCGCCGGGCCCUACCCCCCCGGGCCGUACCCCCCCCCGGGGCCGUACCCCCAGGGCCCCUACGCCCAGCCCCCCUACGCCCAGCCGCAGCCCAUGGUCCCCGGCGACCAGGACUCCCCCCUGCACAGCACCUACCACGAGGACGGGCCCCCCUCCUACUAUGACAACCAGGACUUCCCCCCCGCCCACUGGGACGACAAGAGCGUGCGGCAGGCCUUCAUCCGCAAGGUGUUCCUGGUGCUGAGCCUGCAGCUGAGCGUCACCUUCGCCUUCGUCGCCGUCUUCACCUUCCUCAAAGGCGUCAAGGGCUUCGUGCAGCGCAACGUCUGGACCUACUACGUCUCCUACGCCGUCUUCUUCAUCUCCCUCAUCGUCCUCAGCUGCUGCGGCGACUUCCGACGCAAGCACCCCUGGAACCUGGUGGCCCUGUCCAUCCUGACGCUCAGCCUGUCCUACAUGGUGGGGAUGAUCGCCAGCUUCUACAACACCGACGCCGUCAUCAUGGCCGUGGGCAUCACCGUCCUCGUCUGCUUCACCGUCGUCAUCUUCUCCCUCCAGACCAAGUACGACUUCACCUCCUGCCGGGGGGUGCUCAUCAUCUGCCUCGUCGUCCUCAUCGUCUUCUCCAUCCUCUGCAUCUUCAUCCGGAACCGCAUCAUGGACAUCAUCUACGCCUCCCUGGGGGCCCUGCUCUUCACCUGCUUCCUGGCGGUGGACACGCAGAUGAUCCUGGGGAACAAGCAGCUGGCGCUCAGCCCCGAGGAGUACGUCUUCGCCGCCCUCAACCUCUACACGGACAUCAUCAACAUCUUCCUCUACAUCCUGGCCAUCAUCGGCCGGGCCAAGGAGUAGCCUGUGUGUCCCCCCCCCGCCGACCCCCCCACCCCCGGUGCGUAUCCCGGUUUCCCCCCCACGCCCCCCGUCCCCGUCCCCGUCCCCGCAGCCGGUUUCGUUUGGUGUCACCGUCCCCCGUCCCCGCAGCCGGUUUCGUUUGGUGUCACCGCACCCCCUCAACGGUUCCCCCCCCCCCACUUAGCAUUUCUUUCACCCCUGCGGGGGUCUCGCCGGACCUGGGGUGGCGGGGGGGGCACGAGGCGGGGGGGUGACAGCUCUGUCCCCUUGCUGGGUGCGAGGCAGGCGGCGCUCGCCCGUGCCCACCGGGGUGCCGCAGCCCCCCCGUUCCCCCCCCA